UAGACUUCAUUCGAUGCAUUUGCUUUUUACCAUGUUGUCAAUAUAUAUCUUGAUGGUAGUGUUGGCGAUUUCAGAAGCUUAUGUUAACAUUGCCCUCUACAGACCAGCAUACCAGCAGUACCCAUACAAACAAGGUGGUGACAGAUAUGACGCAAGUAACGCUGUCGACGGACGUAAAUCUAACCUUAGUUUCGAGGGAGAUCAAUGUGCUGCAUCAGCUUACAACAAGCAGACCGCCACCUGGUGGGUGGACCUGACCAGCAUCCACAACAUCCACAAAAUCACCAUAUACUUUUUAACGGCUAAUGGAGAUUUUGGGUCAUUGGCAGACGAAUAUCUCGGAUUCUCUGUGUAUGUUUCAAAUACCACAGAUAUAUUACAUGGGACACUGUGUUUCAAGGACAAUAUCUUCACAAUAAACACAAUACCUCCUGUAUUCACAACAAACUGUUUUGUUCGUGGACAAUAUGUCAUCUACUACAACGAGAGGCUAACAGGAGUUGUCUACCCUAGCGAUUAUUACACUUCUGUUUAUAUUGGCCUAUGUGAAGUGGAAGUAUAUGGUUGUCCAACAACUGGAUAUUACGGAUCUAACUGCUCCAUUCCCUGUUCAGACGUUAACUGUCAGUACUGCCACAUAGAGACGGGCACCUGUCAGGGUUGUAAACCUGGGUACCAAGGUCAUCGCUGUGAACUAGAAUGUGAGAGAGGAUUUUAUGGUAUUGAAUGCAGUGAAACAUGUGGACACUGUCGUGAUGUUAGCCAAUGUUCCCAUAUCAAUGGGACAUGCUUAACUGGAUGUGAAGCUGGUUUCAAAGGGGGUUUAUGUAAAACAGGCUGUGACAGUGGUUCAUACGGCGUUGACUGCAAUGAAAUUUGUGGAAACUGUGUGAAUGAAAGUCAAUGUUCAAAAAUCAAUGGAACAUGCUUCACUGGUUGCAAUGCUGGCUUUGAGGGAAACUUGUGUAAAACACAAUGUAACAGAGAAUCGUAUGGUAUUAGAUGCAAUGAAACAUGUGAACAUUGUCUUAAUGUAAGCCAAUGUUCCCAUAUCAAUGGGACAUGCUUAACUGGAUGUGAAGCUGGUUUAAAAGGGGGCUUAUGUAAAACAGAUUGUGACAGUGGUUCAUACGGCGUUGACUGCAACGAAAUGUGUGGAAACUGUCUCAGUGAAAGUCAAUGUUCUAAUAUCAAUGGAACAUGCUUCACUGGAUGCAAGGCUGGCCACGAGGGGGAUUUGUGUAAAACAGAAUGCAAUAGAGGAUCUUAUGGAUAUGAAUGCAAUAAAACAUGCGGGCACUGUAGAAACAAACGUUAUUGCUUUCCGAUUAAUGGUACUUGCUUAACUGGAUGUGAUGUUGGCUAUGAAGGAGCCUUAUGUAAAACACGUGAGUAGGCAA